AUGCCGCAACCCGGGCGCCUCAGUCAGCUGUGGUUUAAGUGGAAGGCCCUCGACCUGCCUUGGCGCAGGCAAUGGCUACGUGGCGCCGACCUGGCCGGCAACACCUUCUGGGAGUUCAAAGAAACCCGUGGUGCCCAGCGCUUCCGUCGCAUAGUCAAGUACAGCCGUCGUACCCACUACGGCGACGUUAAUUUGACCCCACAAUGGAUCCAAUGGCUCCGUCACACUCGGUCCGAUCCGCCCACCAUCGGCGAGCAGCAACUCGAUGAGGUCCGACAGGCGCAGCUGAAGCAGCUUGCAGCCGCAGCUGAUGCCCGUUGGGCCGCCAAGCCCUCCGCUCUCGAUCCACCGCCGCAGCCUCAACCCGCUCCACAGCCGGAGCAGCGUGAUACGGCAGCUGGCACAUCACAGACGGUGUUUGAACAAGCUCAGGGCGUCCGCAACGUCGCUGGCGCGCCGGACGAAGUGAAGGCCAGCACAAAGGGUCAGGAGAACGUGGAUAAGGGGCGUUUCAAGGGCGAGACCAAACAGAAGACGCCUGGACCGUGGGAAGAGGCCAAAAGUCAGGAAUGGCAGCCAGAACCCUGGACGCCAAAGCUCGCGCCAAGAAGGAAGUGA